AUGCGGUCAGUGGAUUCAAUAUGUUUAGUGGAGACUGAUAAGGUAGUGAAGGAAGUAUGGUCUAAGGUGAGAAAAUGUUUUAGGUCAGAUUUAGAUAUUUGCUUUAAUUCUGCUAGUCCAUUAAGGAGUUUUUGGGAAAAUAACAAUACUACUCAGCAAUUUAUCCAAAAGUUAGCUGAACGAGAAAAGGUAUCUCCACAAAAAAUUGAAGAAAUAAUUAUUAACUCCUUACGCCAAUCUUACUGUAAAGGUGAAAAUUCCCAAGCCGACUUACAUUUUGAAUUUACUAAUGGUUUAGUAGUUUAUCGCUGCUAUAAAAUAGUGGAAAAGAUUACUAAUCCCGCUCAGGAAAUCGUUGCCAGUGAUAAUUUACUAGCCCAGGGCAAAAGCGAAAAUGGGGAAUUUCAGCAAGGAAAACAGUAUGAGUUAUUUAAAAAUCGGCAGGGAGAAAUAAUUAAGGGCAAAAUCCAAUCGUUAGCCGAUAAUAAUUAUUGUCUGGUCAAUUUAGGUCAAGGAGUAGGACAAUGA